AAGCCUAGCACAGUCAAACUUUGGAUACCGAGAGAAGGAACAGCAACAGACGACUAAGGGAUUUUUCGGCUAUUAAAUCCUACCCGAAAAACGAUUUUUCGGAUAUUAAAGUACUGGAUAGGUUUUGCUUCUCGACUUUUGACAGGAUGAUGUUUACCAACCUUAACGCUGACUGUGACGCGUCUUCUCGGUGCAGCACGGCGUCACCGAGCGGCGAUAGUCUCCCGUAUUACCCGGUCAACCAGACUCCGGAAUUCACAGAUCUGAGUGUGUCAAGUGCCUCUUUCGUACCAACCGUCACGGCGAUCUCUUCAUGCCCGGACCUGCAGUGGAUGGUUCAGCCCAUGAUUUCAUCUGUGGCGCCCUCCAACGGCGGAACACAACAUUAUAACCUGAGUUCAAGCUCUUAUCCUAAAAUGAGGGUCACUGGAACAAAAACUUUCAUUUCAAACAAGAGACCCAGAUCUGAACAGAUUUCACCAGAAGAGGAAGAAAAGAAAAAAAUCCGUCGUGAAAGAAACAAGAUGGCAGCAGCAAAAUGCCGUAACAGACGAAGAGAACUCACUGAUACUCUUCAAGCUGAAACUGACCAACUUGAGGAUGAGAAAUCCGCCCUACAAAAUGACAUUGCUAACCUGCUCAAACAAAAGGAGAGAUUGGAGUUCAUCCUCGCUGCACACAGACCCAUCUGCAAGAUCCCCUCCGAGACCACCAUCAGCUUUCCAGAGCAGUCCGUUUCUCCCGUCGCCUCCGAAUCGGUCCCUGAGAUUCACACCGUUACUACCUCAGGAGUGUCCAGGCCAAAUGUACCAAUCACAACUUCUUCCAGUACCUCGCUGUUUUCCAGCACACCCUCCACUGACAGCUUCAACUCCACGGUGAGGAUCUCCGACCUGGACCCCACCCUUGAAGAUUCUCUGGAGAUCUUGGCCAAAGCAGACCUCGAGACGGCCCGCUCGGUCCCUGAUGUGGACCUGUCCAGUUCUCUGUACGCCCAAGACUGGGAGCCGCUCUACACACCCGCAAAUAACGACUUGGAGCCCCUUUGCACACCAGUCGUCACCUGCACGCCGGCCUGCACUACCUAUACGUCUUCCUUUAUGUUCACCUAUCCAGAAAAUGACGUCUUCCCUACCUGUGGCGUGGUUCAUCGGCGGGGCAGCAGCAGCAAUGAUCAGUCAUCUGAUUCUUUGAAUUCCCCAACCCUCCUCACGCUUUAAGACUCUUAGCAUACUGACAACUUGAUUUAAAAUGGCAAUGCAGGGCUAUGGAACUGACUCUAUCAAGCAAUCGUUAUUGCUUCCUAUACAUGCCUGCCAAAUGUAGCAAGAUAAGCAUGGAUUAGCUAGUUUUACAGUAAUAAUCUAGUUAAUGUUAAGUUAAACUAAUAUAUAGUUUUGAGUUUCUGGUGCUAGAUUGAAUUGUUGUAUUAGUGUUCUGAGCAAUAGAGAACUAACUUGUUUUGGCUCUAUGGUUGAUUUUGAAUGUGUGAAUUGUGUGAACUUUAUUUACUUAAAAUAUGUGCUGCCUCACCAUUGCAUUAAAUGGAAUCUAAUGUCCAAGUAUCAAGUUUUCUGUGAAAACGUAGUCUUUAUAAUUUCUGGAAUUUUUAUUUUUGUACCGAAAUGUGUAAACGUGCAACUCGUUUGCAAAACUAAACACAAUAAAUAAAUAUUAAAUGUACAGUAA